UUCUUUGUGCCGUAUGAUACGUCGUAUUUGCAACUGCUUGGAACAACCAUAUGGAUUUUCUUACUUUUGCAUACGUUAAAUUUCAUCUAACUACAUUUUCUUAUCGUAAAUUAUUUCUUAAUAUUUAUUAGCUUGAUAUAAUAAUGAUGUUAAACUAAUAAGUUUAAAAUUCUAACGAAAGCAUAUUACAAACGGAAGUACGUAAAAUUGAAGACAGUAUCAAAACGCCAUUUUGUGUAUCCUUUCGAGAGGAAGGUAGACAUUCUGAUUUGAAAAAAAAUACUGAACGCUGAUAUCUAAACAUUUUCUCUAUUCGCGAGAUUGUGCGAAGAUAUUAUUUCUUCUUCUUUAUUUUACUUCGAUACAUUAAACUGCGUUGAUGAUUGGGAUUCCGCGAGACGACCGACAUAAAAUUACGGUUAAGAUCCGCAACAACAUGAAAAGAAGUUCGAGUCGUGAUACUCCGCCUCCUCGGGUGAAACGAAGUCGAUCUUCCAUGGGACGAUAUGAUGAUUCAAGUGAUGAACGGAUCACACCGGAACGUAUUCGACGACGUAGCAGAGGUGCUAGAAGUCCUAGUCCAUCAGCAAGAGCGUCAUCACAUGCGCGUUAUGUAGAGUCAAGUUCCCAUCGCGAUGAUUAUUUGCGUGCACCUCGUGAUUUGCCACCAGAACGACCGUACAGUUAUAAAGUUCUUUGUGUCAGUUCCAUUCAUCCAAAAGCCAGUGAUGAAGUAAUUAAAGAUACUUUGUAUAGAGAAUACAAAAAGUUUGGUGACUUUUCUAUAAGAAUUUCUCAUGAAUUAGAUGAACGCGUUGCUUAUGUGUGCUUCAGGAGCUCAGAAGAUGCACGAGAUGCAAAACAUGCUAAACCACGAAUUAUAAUGUAUGAUAAAGUAGCUUUGGUAGAACCAGUCUAUGAAAGACCUGAUACAUAUCGUAGACAAAGAUCUGUUUCACCACCAGAUUAUGAACGGUAUUAUGCUAGAUCUCCAGGUCCAACAGAUAGACACAGACCAUUAGAUAGAUAUGAACGCGUAUAUGGGCCUCCUGUAGGUUUACCCCCUCAUCGUGAAAUGAGAAGAGAAACAAUACCACCACCUCAUCAUGAAUUUGUUAGGCCACCCAUUCAUCAUGGACCGCCUCAUGUUCACCCAGGUCCCCCUCAUCAUUAUGGUCCACCUAGACAUAUGAUGCUUCGUCAUCCUGUUCAUGGAUUUGAACGAGUUGAAAAUAAGAAAGAUAAAUUCCCAAAUUAUCUCCAUCAUGUAUCUCCGGAAGAUGAUCCUCUUGCAACUAGAACUCUUUUUGCUGGUAAUUUGGAAAUCAAUAUAACUGAAGAAGAAUUACGUAGAAUUUUUAGUAAAUAUGGUAUUGUUGAUGAUAUUGAUAUCAAAAGACCACCACCAGGAACAGGAAAUGCAUAUGCUUUUGUACGAUUCCAAACAUUAGAUAUGGCUCAUAGAUGCAAAGUUGAACUUUCUGGACAGUAUAUAGGAAAGUUUCAAUGCAAGAUAGGAUAUGGUAAAGCGACUCCCACUACACGAAUAUGGGUUGGUGGUUUAGGUCCUUGGACUUCAGUACCUCAAUUAGAAAGAGAGUUUGACAGAUUUGGAGCAAUUAAAAAAAUUGAUUAUAUAAAAGGUGAUAGUAAUGCAUAUAUUCUUUAUGAUUCUAUCGAUGCUGCGCAGGCUGCUGUAAAAGAAAUGCGUGGUUUUCCUCUUGGUGGUCCUGAUCGAAGAUUAAGAGUUGAUUUUGCAGAUGUAACGCCUGGUUUUGGUUUUAAACCUAGAUCAUACCCUGAAGAUAAUGCAGAUUUUAGACCACGCUUAGUAGAUUAUGAAUCACCAUAUGAUCCUUAUGGUCCUGAAAGUGAAUUUGGUUAUGGGCCAAGAGGAUUUCGAGGACGAGGAAGUGCGCCAUGGCAUGAAAGAAGAGGUGGUGGACGAGGUGGUUAUCGUGGUACUUGUCCCGAAGGUUAUCUUCGUGAUGAAGCUGAUUGGUCAAAUCGCAGACCACCACCAGAAUUGGAAUAUGAAACUCCUCGUGGGUUAAGAAGGUCAUUAUCGCGAGAACCGGGUGUAGAUCGGUCCAGAUCUAGAUCACCACGUAGAAGACAAAUGGAUUCAGAUUCCGAUUCUGAGAAUACUCGCACAGGAAUGCUUUCCACAUCUCGUACCUUACCUGAAGUAGCACGAAAAUCCAUUGCAGUUUGGCAAGGUGCAUUAAUAUUAAAAAAUUCACUAUUUCCAGCUAAAUUUCAUCUUACAGAUGGAGAUACAGAAAUAAUAGAUGCUCUUAUGAAAGAUGAAGAGGGUAAACAUAUGCUCCGAAUAACACAGCGUCUUCGUCUUGAUCAACCAAAGUUAGAUGAUGUAUCUAAAAGAAUACAAACUUCCAGUUCGCAUGCUAUAUUUCUUGGUCUUGCUGGAUCAAGUGGAGCUGUUACAAAUGAUGAUGCUAAUGUUCAAACACGACCACUUCGUAAUUUGGUUUCUUAUUUAAAGCAGAAAGAAGCAGCAGGUGUUAUAUCGCUUUUAAAUAAAGAUACAGAAGGAACUGGAGUACUCUAUGCAUUUCCACCGUGUGCUUUCUCUACAGAGCUCCUGAAGCGUACAUGUCCUAGUUUAAGCGAAGAAGGUUUAAAAGAGGAUCACUUGGUAAUUGUUGUUGUUAAGGGUGGCAGUGCCUAAAUUUUAAACAAGUGACAUAAAAACA